AUGGAUUCUGAGUAUGAGCUGGGCCACGUCCGCAGGCUGCAAGCACGGCACACUCACAUGCAGGAGAAGACUUUCACCAAAUGGGUCAAUAAUAUCUUCCGGCUCAGCCAGGUGGGCGUCAAGAUCCAGAACCUGUACACAGAGCUGGCUGAUGGCACCCACCUGCUGCGGCUGCUGGAGCUGAUCUCAGGGGAGGUGCUGCCAGCACCCAGCCAGGGCCGAUUACGCGUGCACUUCUUAGAAAACAACAGCCGGGCGCUGGCCUUCCUCAGGGCCAAGGUGCCAAUACCCCUCAUUGGGCCAGAGAACAUUGUGGAUGGAGACCAGACACUCAUCCUGGGACUUCUCUGGGUCAUCAUUCUGCGUUUCCAGAUUUCCCACAUCUCCUUGGACAGGGAGGAAUUCGGGGCCAGUGCAGCCCAGCUGUCUGCCAAGGAAGCUCUGCUGGUCUGGUGCCAGAGGAAGACAGCCAGCUACACCAACGUGGCCAUCACCGACUUCUCUCGCAGCUGGAGUGACGGGCUGGGCUUUAGUGCACUUAUCCAUGCCCACAGGCCAGACCUGCUGGACUACAGCUCGUUGCACUCCAACCGCCCACUGCACAAUCUCACCAGCGCCUUCCACGUGGCUGAGCAGGAGCUGGGCAUUGCCCAGCUGCUGGAUCCCGAGGAUGUGGCAGUCCUACAACCAGACGAGCGCUCCAUCAUGACCUACGUCUCUCUCUACUACCACUACUUCGCCCGCCUGCAGCAGGGACAUACAGUCAAGAGAAGACUCACGAAGAUCCUGCUCCAGCUCCAGGAGACCGAGGCACUGAGGACCAAAUACGAGCAGAUGGUGGCCGACCUGCUUCACUGGAUUGCAGAGAAGCAGCUGCAGCUGGAGGAGCGGGAUUUCCCAGACUCCCUGCCUGCCAUGCGCAGGCUGUUGGCAGCCUUUGCUUCCUUCCGUGCUCAGGAGAAGCCACCUCGGCUGAAGCAGCGAGGUGCCACGGAGGCUCUGCUCUUCAGGCUGCAGAUGGAGCUCCGAACCCAGAACCGCAAGCCCUUCCUGCCUGGUGAGGGCCUGGGCCCUGUAGAGUUGUCUCGGUGCUGGGCAGAGCUGGAGCAGGCCGAGGCCGCCCGGAGCCAGGCCCUGCAGCAGAGAUUACUACAACUGGAGCGAUUGGAAACCCUGGCCCGGCGCUUCCAGCGUAAGGCUGCCCUCCGGGAAAGCUUCCUAAAGGAUGCAGAGAUGGAGCUGAACCAGGCCAGAGCCCCAGCAGCCAGCCCAGCCACAGUGGAGACAGCCAGCCAGAGGCUGGGCAUGCUGGAAGCCAGCAUUCUGCCCCAGGAGGGGCGCUUCCAGGCCCUGGUGGAGAUCGCAGACAUCCUCCAGCAGGAGCAGUACCAUAGCUGGGCAGAUGUGGCCCAUAGGCAGCAGGAGAUCACCGGGCGCUGGCAGAGGCUCCUUCAGCAUCUGCAAGAGCAGAGGAAGCACAUAGCAGGUGUGCAGGCUGUGCUGAACCUGCUGCAGGAGGUGGAGGCUGCCUCCGAACAGCUCCGGGAGCUGCAGGUGCCAGCAAGCUCCACCACCUGUGGGCAGCGGCUGGCAGAAGCAGUGGAGCUACUGCAGAGGCACGACCUAUUGGAGGCCCAGAUCUCCACGCAUGGGGCCUACUUGAAGCACCUCAAGAACCAGAUGGCAGAGCUGGACCCCUCCCUUGGCACGAGUGUGGAUGUGCUGCGGGCUAAGGCCAGGGUGCUGGCUCAGCUCCACCAGAGACUGGUGUCUCUUGUCAGGGCCCGGCGGGCCCUGCUGGAGCGGACUGUGCAGCGGGUGGAGCUGCUGCACAGCUGCGAGGAGGAGCUGGCCUGGCUGGUGGGGCGCGCACGGUUGCUGGAGCAGACGGCGCUGGGCCGGGACAGCAGCCAGAUCGCAGGCGCGUUGCAGAAACACGAGACCCUAGAAUUAGAGCUCCGCCGCCGCCAGGCUGUGUGCGCAGACCUCGUGCAAAGAGGGCGUGACCUCUGCGCCCAGGAGCCCCAGACGCAGCCAGAUCCCUGGGAGCGCACGGAGGCUGUCCAGAGAGCGUGGCAGCUGCUCUGCAACCGGGCUGCACAGGGCGGACAGCGGCUGCGUACUGCCCUCAUAGUGCAGCAGUACUUUGAGGAUGCAGCAGAGGCGUCCUCGUGGCUGCGGGAGCAGCUGCAGGAGCUGGAGAGCACUUGCAGUGGGCAGGACCAGACGUCUGCCGAGGCUCUGCUGCUGCGCCACCUACGGCUGGAGCGCUCUGUACGUGCUUUCGCUGUCGAAUUGCAGCAGCUGGAGGAGCAGGCACAGGCGGCCGCUGCUCGGACAUCGCUCAUGGUGCGAUGGAACCCAGAUCUCAGCCACACUGGACAGCCUGCGCUCAUGCUCCCAGGUCCAGAUCCCCUUGACCUCUACAGCCACAAGCUUUGCCUGGCUCCGGAGAGAGGCUCUGGACACCUGGGAGCUGACGGAUUCAGGGGACUGCCGGACCAAGGUACCCAUCCGCCAUGGCAUGGAACAGAAGUUCCAGGAGGAAGCAUAAGGAUCGCUGUCCCUGCUGAGCAUGACCUCAACUUUGACCCCACUACCAUACUCCAGACACAGGCUCUCUUGAGCCAGGACUAUGAGGGGCUGCGAGCCCUGGCAGAGUGCCGCAAGGCCAAGUUGGAGGAGGCGGUGGCUCUGUUUGGCUUCUUCAGUUCCUGUGGGGAGCUCCAGUCCCGGCUGGAGGAGCAGGCAGCCCUCUUCCAGUUGAUGCAGCCCCAAGCUGACAACUUGGAGGCCAUGCAGCUCAGAUAUGAGAGCGUUCUCACUGCACUGGCCAUGAGGAAGGACCACUGGGCUGAGGUCAGCCACUCUGCUGAGCAACUGAAGCAGAGGUAUCCUGGGAACUCCACCAAAAUACAACAACAACAGGCAGACCUGAGCCAGAGGUGGGAGCAACUGGAAGCCCUGAAGAAGGAAAAGGGCCUGCUGCUGGCCCACAGCAUGGAAGUGUCUGGUCUCCUGCAGGAGUGUGGCCCCACACAGACCCAGCUGCAAGAUGUGCUACUUCAGCUGGGGGCCCUGGAGCCAGGGAGCUCCAAAGAUGACCACCAUGCCCUGAAGUUGACCCUGCAGAAGGUCAGGGUGCUGGAGAGCAGGAUCUGCUACCUCCAAAGGGCAGCCACAAAGGUGGCAGAAUCAAGCCCUGCAGAUAGCCAGCUCCUGCAGGAACAAGUGGAGGUGUUGCAGGGGCUGCUGAAGCAAGUGCAGGACCAAAGGGCCAAGCAGGCCUGGGGCCAGGCUGAGGCUCAGGCCCGGCGGAGCUUCCUGCAGGAGAGCCAACAGCUGCUGAAGUGGGCGGAGGGCAUCCAGGCUCGGCUGCACAGCAAGGAGGAGCCGGUGGACAUGGCCUCAGCCCAGAGGCUGCUGAGGGAGUGUGGAGAGCUGCAGGAGAAGAUCCACCUUCAGCAAGAGAGGCUGCAGCAACUGGAGGCUCAGGGUCAGCCCCUGGCCACGUCAGAUGCAGCUCACUCCCAAGAGGUCACCAGUGCCCUGAAGCUCCUGGGCCAGCGCAACUGGGAGCUGAAAGCUGAGUGGGAACGGAGACAACAGUGGCUGCAUGAGGGGCUGCAGCUGCAUAGGUUUGGCCAAGAAGUGAAUGACUUCACUGCCGCCUGUGCUGACUACGAGGCUGUGCCAUGCCUGGACAUCUUGGGGGAGGAUGUGAGGGAAGCCCAGAGCCUGCUGCAGCAGCACCGGGGCUUUGAGUGGCUCCUGAGAACCCUCAGCCUUCGUGCAAAGGCUCUGCAAGCUCGUGGUGAGAAGCUGGUCCACAGCCACCACCCUGCUGUGCACAGGGUCAGAGCGCAGCUGCAGAGCGUCCAGGUGCAGUGGACCAGGGUCCAGGAGAGGAGUGAGCAGAGGCGGCGGCAGCUGCAGGCUUCUCUCCAGCUCCAGGAGUGGAAGCAGGAUGUGGCAGAGUUCAUGCUGUGGAUGGAGCAGAAAUGGGCAGCAGUGGCAGAUGAGCCCUCCCAAGUACCUGGCAAUGUCCUGCAGAAACUCCGGUGGCACCGAGUGGUUGAGAGCGAACUGCUGGCCUCUCAUGGGCAUGUGCAAGGCCUGCAGCAGGCCGGGAGAGAGCUGUUGUGCAGCUGGCCACAUGCCCAAGAGGACAUACAGACCAGCCUGCGGGGCUUGAGUCUCAAGUGGGAAGAGUCGAUGCACAGGAUGGCAGCGCGUGGGACUGAGCUUCAGCAGGCUGCCCGGCAGGAGCAGUUCCUGGGGCUGCUGCAGGAUGCCAAGGAGAAGAUGCAGCAGCUAGAGGGUUCCCUGCAGUCCCCAGAAGGGGGGCUGGACUUGUGCUCAAGCCAGAGGCUGCAGAAACAGCACUGCCAGCUAGAGUGCAGGAGCCAGGUGCUGGCCAGCGAGGUGACUGCCCUCAUCUCCCGCGCCCAGCAUGAGGCCACUUCCCAGGCCACCCUGGAGGAGGCCCAGCAGUGCCGUCAGAGGCUCAAGUCUCUGGAGGGCCACUUGGCUACCAGGCACCUGCAGCUGCAGGCCUUGGUUGAGCUGUACCAGUUCAACUCCCUGACCAGCUUGGAGCUCACCUGGGUGGCUGAGCACAUGCCCAGUGCCAGCACCACCAGUGGUGCCCAGGGCCAGGCCAGUGUCCAGAGCCUUCAAUAUAAGCACAAGGAGCUGCGGGUGGAGGUGCGAGUACACCAUAGGCAGGUGCGGCAGGUGCUAGAUUCCGGCCAGAGACUAGUGGCCUCUGGGCACCCCCAAGCGCAGCACAUUGUGGAGCAGUGCCAGGAGCUGGAGGGCCGUUGGGCAGAGCUGGAGCAAGCAUGUGAGGCACAUACCCACAGCCUGCAGUCGGCGGCUGCUUCCCAACAGUACUUUCUGCAUGUGUCAGAGCUGGAGAGCUGGGUGGAAGAGAAGCUGCUGCUGGUGAGCAGUCAGGACUUCGGCAGAGAUGAGGCAGCUACCCUCAGGCUCAUUAAGAAGCACCAGGUGCUGGCACAAGAAAUAGCCCUUCAUUGGCGCUCCAUGGAGGCGCUGGACCUGAGAGCCCAAGCCCUCGCUGGCCACGAGGCCCCUGUGAUACAGAAGAGGCUUCAGGGACAGCUGCAGGCACUGCAGGAGGUGGCAGCUACACGGGGCCGGAAGUUAGAGGGGAUGCUGCGGCUACAUGAGUUCAUGAGGGAGGCUGAGGACCUGCAGAGUUGGCUAGCGAGCCAGAAGCAGGCGGCCACCAGAGUGGAGUGCCUGGGAGAGGACUAUGAGCACGUGCUGGACCUCCGCGCCAAGUUUGCAAACUUUCAGCACCAGGUGGAGGUGGGCAGCCAGCAGGUAGCCACUUGCCAGCAGCUGGCAGAGAGCUUGCAGGAGUGUGGGCAGAGUGCUGCCGCCAAGGCCCGCCAGAAGCAGCAGGAGCUGCAGACUGCCUGGUUGGAGUUGUGGGAGCUGACCCAGGCCCGAGGCCGCCUGCUCAGAGAUGCAGAGACCACCCUCAAAGUUCACAGAGACCUGCUGGGGGCCCUCACCCAUGUCCAGGAGAAAGCCUCAAGCCUCCCCAGUGAUGUGGCCCAGGACCUGCGUGUGGCGGAGGCCCAGCUGAGAUCUCACGAGGCACUGGAGCGUGAGCUUCUGGGCACUGAGCACCAGAUGCAGGAACUGCUAGAGGCUGGAAGCAGGGUACAGAAGCUACAUCCAGGGCCUCUGGCCCAUGCAGUGUGGCAGAGGCAGCAAGCUGUGACACAGGCCUUGGAGGCCCUGCAGCUACGCAUGGACUGGCGUAGGACCCAGCUGGAGCGGGCAUGCCUCAUGGCUCGCUUCCAUGCCAUGGUGCAGGACUAUACCUCCUGGGCAGCUGACAUUCGUCGGGGACUGCAGGCAGAGGAAGGCCCCUGGGAGCCCAGCAGUGGCCCACUCAUGCUCAUCGCCUACCAACAGCUGAGGGCAGAGCUGGAGGCCUGGGAGGAGCGACGGCAGCAGGCCACCCAGCUGGGGUGGCAGGCCCUUCUGACUGCAGGGACACCCAGCAAGGAGGUCCAGGAUGGACUUCAAGCCCUACAGGAGGAGUGUGACCAGAUGUUCCAGGCCUGGGCCCAGAAGCAAGAGAGGCUACAGGCUAUGCAGCAGGAACAGCACCUUCUCAGCCAGUGUGGCCUCCUGGAGAAGACCCUCUCAGCCCAGGAGGUGUCCCUGGAAACCAGCACCCUGGGAAACUCAGUGGAAGAGGUAGAGCAGUUGAUCCACAAGCAUGUGGUCUUCCAGAAGGUGCUGACUGCCCAGGACAAGAAGGUGACCGCUCUGUGUGAGCAGUUCAAGGCGCUCCCAGGCCCCAGGGGACAGGACUUGCUUCACGGUGUGCUGAACUGGCAGGCUCGGGUCAAGGAGCUGGCACAAAGUCGGGAAUGUGCCCUGCACACCUCUCUGCUGAUCUCCAGCUUUGCCAGGGCUGCCACUCAGGCCGAGGACUGGGCCGAGGAGCGGAUCCAGCAGCUGAGAGAGCCAGUCCCUCCUGGAGACCUGAAAGAUAACUGGAAGUGCCUGCAGAAACACCAGGCCUUCCAGGCCGAGGUCCAGGCCCUUGAGCAGGCCCUGAAACCUGUUGCCAAGCAAGGUGAGGCUCUCUUGACUCAGAGACACCCUCGGAUAGGAGAGGUCUCCAAGAGGCUGCAGGCACUGCAGGAGAGUAGGGAGAAGCUGCGGCAGGCAAUGGCCAUGCGGGGCCAGGAGCUGGAGAACAAGCGCAACUUCCUGGAAUUCCUGCAGAAAGCAGACCUCGCAGAAGCCUGGAUCCAGGAGAAGGAGGAGACAGUGAACGUUGGUGAGGUAGGCCAGGACCUCAAGCACUGCCUGCAGCUCUGCCAGUGGCUCCACAAGUUUCAAGGCACCACGGUGGGCACAGACACUAUAGGUACCACCUACAUCAGGAGCAUCAGUGGCCUGUCACUGCAGCUCAAGAACCUGGACCCUGAGGAAGCCAAGAUUGUUUGCCAGCGGCAAAGCCAGCUCAACCACAGGUGGGGGAAUUUUCAAGGCAACUUGCUCCAGUACCAGCGACAGCUUGAAGGCACCCUGCAGAUCCACAUGUUGUCCAGCGAGCUGGAUGAUGUCACUAGGCGGAUUGAGGAGAAGGGUGCCAUGAUCCAGACCUUGGAGGGCAGGGAAGAGCUGGAGAGCGUGCAGAGGUUGCUGUGGAAAGAGGCGGUGCUGGAGCAGGAAGUGGGCCUCAUCCAGGCACAAGUGGAGUCCCUCCAGCACAAGGUGAGCUGUCUCUGCCAGACAAACCCUGGGACAGACCAUGGCCUCAGUCACAAGCAGCGAGAGAUGAUGGACAGCUGGUGUCAGCUCCAGAGCAGGGUGCAGAAGUGGAGGGAGUCCCUGGAAGCUGAGCACCAAGUGCAGAAGCUCAAGGUGCUACUGCAAGAACUGCUGCUCUGGGCCCAGCAGCUGCGGGCUGAGGUGAACAACCAGCGCUCUCCCUGGAGUCAUGAAGUAUCCUGGUGCAUGUUGGAGGAGCAUCAGGCAUGCAAGGAUGAGCUGGAUGGCCGGAGAGACAGCAUCAACCUGGCCCGAAGCACCGGGCAACAGCUGCUUGCCACUGGGCACCCAUCAGCCCCCACUAUUCACCAGGCCCUGGCUGCCUUAGACCAAGAGCUGAACAGCCUGCAAGGGGCCUGGCAGGAGCACCAGGGGCAGCUACAGCAGGCGAUAGAGCUGCAGCUGUGCCUGAGCUCUGUGGAGAAGGCAGAGCGGGAGUUCUGCAACGAGGAAGCCUCCCUGGCCAGCGAGGAGAUGGGGGACUCCCCAGCCGAGGUGGAGGUGCUCCUGCGCCAGUGCAAGAGGCUUGAGCAGCGCCUGGAGGCACAGGUGGAAAAGCUCAGCAUGCUGGAGGCCACAGCCCGAGGCCUGCACCAGGGCAGACACGCUGAGGCCCAGCAUGCCCUGACCAGGUGCCAGGCUGUGCGCCUGAGGAAAGAGACCCUCCUUCAGCGAGCCAGGACCCAGAGUCACCAGCUAGAGCAGCUCCAGACCUUCCUGCAGGAUUCCCUUGAGGUGGUCACAUGGCUGAGGAAGAAGAAUUUGGUGGCUCUGGAAGAGGGCUGGCGGGAACCUGCCACAUUGCAAACACUGUUGCGCAAGCAGCAGAAUUUGCAGGCUGAGCUGAACAUGAGCCUGCACCAGCAGCAGGAGCUGCAGCAGGAGGGGCAGAGGCUGCUACAAGGGGGCCAUCCAGCCUCAGAGACCAUCCGGGAGCGGCUGAAGGAGCUUGGGGAGCUCUGGGCUGAAGUGGAGGCCAACAGCCAGAGGAGUGUGGCCCGACUGCAAAAGGCCUGUGAGGCCCUGCGUCUACAGCGGAACCUGGAAGAACUGGGGAGCUGGCUGGAGCCCCAGGAGGUGGAGCUGAGAGCUCCUCUUGUGGGUCAGGACCUAUCUGGGGUGGGCAAGCUCUUGAGGGCCCAGGAGGAGCUGGAAGCAGCCCUGAGCAGGCAGGCUAGGCAGGCACAGGCCCUGCUGGGCCAGGCUCACAUAUUGGCUUUCGAGCAGGAAGACCACUCUCUCAUCAAAGAUGUGGAAGAGCAGGCCCGGCAGCUGCUUCAGAGGAUCGAGAGCCUUCAGGAGCCCUUGCAGGAGCGCAGGGCAGCCCUGGAGGCUCAGAGCCUCCUCCUGCAGUUCUUCAGGGAUGCUGACGAGGAAAUGGCCUGGGUGCAGGAGAAGCUGCCCCUGGCUACUGCCCAAGACUUUGGCCAGAGCCUCAGCACUGUGCAACACCUGCAGGAGAAGCACCAGAACCUGGAGAAUGAGAUAAGUAACCACGAGGCUCUGAUGGACGUGGUGGUGGGCACAGGGCACAAGAUGGUGCAGGCUGCGCACUUUGCUGCCCAUGAGGUGGCCGCCCGGCUGCAGCAGCUGGAAGCAGCACGGGAGCAGCUGCGGGCAGAGGCAGCACGGAGGCGGCUGCUACUGCAGCAGGCCCAGGAAGCCCAGCAGCUUCUGACAGAGCUCCUAGAAGUGGGAUCCUGGCUGGCAGAACGCAGCCAUGUCCUGGACAGAGAGGACAUGGGCCAGAGUGCUGAAGCCACACAGGCCCUUCUCAGGCAGUUGGAGGCUACCAGGAGAGAUCUGCAGGGGUUCAGUUGGCGCAUUGAGCGGCUGCAGCACACAGCAUCCCUCCUGGAGAGUGGGCAGAACCGCGACAGCCCCAAGGUGCUGGCCCAACUACAGGCUGUGAGGGAGGCCCACGAACAGCUGCUGCGGAAGGCAGAGGGCAGGGGACAGAGCCUGUGGGAGCAGCUACAGCUCCACCACCUGGAGCGGGAGGCCCUGCUGCUCGAUGCCUGGCUGAACACCAGAGUGGCCGUUGCUGAGUCCCAGGACUACGGGCAGGACCUGCAAAGUGUCCAGGUGCUGGAAGCAAGGUUUGAUGCAUUCAGCAGGGAAGUGCUGGGCCUGGGGCAGGCCAAAGUGCAGGCCCUGAGGGAGGGCCUAGAACGGAGAGCCCCUGGGUGCCACCCCCAGAUUCAAAGCCAGAAGAACCACAUUGAGGCCACCUGGGAGAGGCUGAACAAAGCAAUCAAAACCCGUACAGAAAACCUGGCUAUAGCCCAUGAGCUCCAUGGCUUUGAGAAGGAGGCGGCAGAGCUCCAGGGCCGGAUACAGGAGAAAGCUACCCUGCUGGAGGGAGAGCUCCUUGGCCACAGCCUACCAUCUGUGCAGCCCUUACAGCAGCAUGACAGGUCCCUGCAGAGGGAACUGGCAGCAAUAGCAAAGGAGGUGGCAUGGGUACAGACGGAGGCCUGCCAACUGCGCCAGCGGCACCCUGCAGCUCAACAGGGCCUGGCUGAGUUGCUAGCCAAGGUGCAAGAAGCCUGGGCCACCCUGGAGAUGAAGGCCCAGGAGCACAGCCGGCAGUGGGCACAGGCAGCCCAGGGCCAUGCCUUCCGCAGACGCUGUUGGGAAUUGCUAGCAUGGGCUCGGGAGAGGCAGGCACUGAUGUCCUCAGAGGAGCUGGCCAGGGACCUGGUGGGAGCCAAGCAGCUCCUUGGGAACCAUGAGGAGCUUGGGCAAGAAAUCCAGGAGCGCUGUCUUCAAGCCCAGGCCAUAUGGCAGGAAGGACAGCAGCUACUGGACAACGGCCACUUCAUGUCCCCAGAGGUGACACAGAGUCUGCAAGAGCUAGAAGGUCAGCUGCAGGAGCUGCAGGAAACCUGGGCCCUGUGUCAGCAGCGCUAUGAAGAGAACCGGAGCCUGCAGGAGCUUCGGCAGGGGCUGGAGCAGGCAGAGGCCUGGCUGGCCUCCCGGGAAGACCUCCUGCUGGAGCCCAGCUGCGGGCACUCAGUGUCAGAUGUGGAGAAGCUGCUCCGCAGACAUGAGGAUUUGGAGAAGCUGCUGGCAGCCCGCGAGGAGAAGCUUACCCAGCUGCAGAAGAGGACAGAGGUGGAAGAGAAGCUACUGCAGGAGCAGACCCUUGGGAGAGCUGGUAGCCCACCAACAGUCAUCCAGCAGAGGCUGUUUGGACACCAGGGCCCAGGAGCACAGCCAGCUGAGACCAAGACCCUUCAGCCAAGCCCCAUCUUGCAGUUCCAGGAGGCAAAGGGUACUCCCAUCAUGGAGGGAUCUCUGGAGCUUAAGAAGCAGCUUGUACCUGGGGAGCUCCUGUUCUUGAGUAAGAGGAUGGCAGCAGAGGAAUUGGCUUCCAUGCCUCCCCUCGACCUCAAGGGAUCCCAUGGCGAGAGGCUGAAGGACCAGAGUGGCAAGAAACAUAUGUUCUCCUUUAGGCAGAGCAGUGGGGCACAUAUCCAGUUGGCAGCACCACCUGAAGGGCAGACGGCGCGCUGGCAGCGGGCCCCAGGCCAUGAAGAUCUGACAAGAAAUGUCUUGGGGGAUCCUGGCUCCAUCCCCAAGGCCAUCUUUCUAAAAUCCCAAAGGGGCCAUUUCUUCAGUAUUUUGAGUACCUGCCACCUCCAGCUGGGUUGGUGGACACCCUGGGGAGCCUGCCUGCCUUCAUGGGCUCAUGGCUGUCUGGGAAAGGCAGGAGGCAUGAAGGCUCCUCCUGAGGGCUGGCUGCCUGGGGUGGAGUGGUACACAAGUCAGGGUAACUGUCAUUCUCUCCUUUCUCUCCAGCCCAGGAUCGGGGUGCAGAACCCACAGCCAGCACCUCGGGUGAGAGUGCAGCUGUUCUGCUCAGGAGGCCCCAAGUGA